AUGUCCGCCACUACCGCAAGACGAAAGCCCGCCCCCCGUCUCCCCCGCCCCGCUGGCCGAUACUGGAAGGGAAAGGCACCAAAGGGCGCGGGAGAGGAACCCUCCGACGACGACGAGGACUACGAUGCUGAGGCCCAGGAGGUGCCCGAGGAAGAGGGCGAUGUCAUGAUCCGCGAUGUGGGAGAAGAGGAAGAGGAAGAGGAAGCAAGACUGGAUGUACGCGCAAAAGACGUUGGGAAGACAGGUGGGAGGGCGAUGAAUGUCGCAUUACGGGACGUGAACAUCUCGAAGGAGGGACGUGUGAUCGUCGCGGGUAGAGAGGAGGUCGGGCGAACGGAGGCUGAGCUCGAGCAAGAGGAAGAAGAAGAGGGAGAGGAUGCGGGUGAAGAGUCUAGCGAGGAGUCCGAAUCCUCUGAGGAAGAAGAGUCUGAAGAGGAACAACCAAAACCACAGUUCCGGCCUGUAUUCGUACCCAAACGUGCACGAGCGACGGUGGCAGAAAUGCAGGCCCUCGCAGAAGACACGGAGGAGGCACUGCAGCGGAAGGAGCGUGAGGCGGAGGAGCGCAAGAAGCAGAGCCAUGACAUGGUUGCCGAGAGCAUCCGGCGUGAACUCGCAGAAAAAGAAAAAGAAGCCGAAAUACCGGAUGUUGACGACACCGACGGGCUCGAUCCCUCUGGCGAGUUUGAGGCCUGGCGUCUGCGCGAACUCGCGCGCAUCAAACGCGACAAGGAGGCUGCGAUUGCCCGCGAACUCGAGCGAGAGGAGAUCGAGCGACGGAGGGCGCUUCCCGAGGAGCAGCGUCUGCGUGAAGACAUGGAGCAUGCGGAGAAAAGCCGCAAGGAGAAACCAAAGGGGCAGCAGAAGUUCCUGCAGAAGUACUGGCACAAGGGCGCGUUCCACCAGGACGAAGAGAUUCUUACACGCCACGACUUCACAGAGGCGACAGAGUCCACUCUCGAUGUUUCCGUGCUCCCAAAAGUCAUGCAGGUGAAGAAUUUUGGCAAGCGGGGGCGCACGAAGUACACGCACUUGCUGGACCAGGACACAACCGUAGCAGCGGGUGGUUUUGGGGGUGCUGCCCCUGUGGCUGCAGGUGGAACUACUGGCGCGGGGUGUUUCUUGUGUGGCGGGCCACAUAUGAAGAAAGAUUGUCCGCAAAACAAAGACUUUCCCCCAGGCCGUAUAGGCACUGGCGCGAACGGCACGGCGCCUGGAACACGACAAUGGGGCGCACGACCACGCAUAGAUGAGGGUAAGGGCAAGGCACAAGACGAUGGCCGAGAAUCGUGGCAGGACAGAGAUCGCGAUCGAAAUCAUGAGCGAGACCGUGGUACAUAUAAAGACGCUAGGAGGGCGGACGGGGAUGGCCGCGACAGGCGGAGAGGAGAUGACCGAGAGCGAUAUCGCGAGAGGAAUCAUGAGACGCGUGCGCAACGCAGGUCGUAUACCCGCUCACGAUCAAGGACGCCGCCUAGGCGAGAGCGGUGGUGGGACGAAGAGCCAAGAAGAGAGAGGCGGCGGUCGAGAGAGCGAGAGGCAGAGGCGCAUGGGGAGCAUAGGGAAAAGCGGAGAAGGGUGGAUUGA